AUGGAUAAUCCAACAGGAACUAUAAAUUCACUAUAUCAAUAUGAAAAUAUUGAAGAUAACAUAUUAAAUAAAUUGGAAAAGUUACGUCAGCACUAUCCUGAACGUUUUCCACUAUUGAUUCAUGUACUAGCAACUGUUCACGAUACUAUAGAUGGUGAAUGGCAGCAACGAUUACGACAAGCAAUGGAACAGCGAAAUAGAGUCUCUAUUUUUCUCAUUCCUGAUCAAAUGUCUAAUUUUAAUUGGAUUGUAGUCAUAAUUAAAUUUAAAACAGACGGACAAGUUGAACGAGCUGAAUUUAUUGAUCCACUUAGAGAGUCGAAUUUGGAUAUCGACAAAUUACAAAUACAAUUUGGCGAGAUUUAUCCAGGUAUUAUUUUACAGCCGAGAAGCAUUCGAAAACAAGAAGAUCGAGAGAAAAGUAUUGAAUUAACUAUUGAAACCUUAUUGAAAUUAGCUGAAGAAUAUCAAACGACUAAUAUCAAUGAUUUACACGACAAAACAAUAGGAGAUCAGAACGCAAGCGAUCGUUUGAACAAAGAAAAAGGAAGUUUCCCGAUAUUAACUGCAAAUGGAGGUGAUCGUAAAAUUAGUCCAUUGAAUAUACAUGAAUUAUUUCGACUUAUUAAGAAAGUGAACAGCACAGUAUAUACAAUAAAGAAGAAAGAUAUUAUUUUUUUUCUCGGAUUAACUGGUUCAGGUAAAUCAACUACAAUUCAUUUUCUUGCUGGCUCAAAAAUGAUUGAAAUCGAAGUCAGAGGUUUAUAUCAUAUUGCACCGGUCGAGAUAAACAAUCCAGAUCUAAAAUAUAUAACAACUUCACCAUUUGUUAAAUCCGAAACUCGAUAUAUUACAUCAGUUGAAGUGAAAUUGAAAAACACAAAUGGAUUGACCAAAGAAAGUAUUAUCCUAUGUGAUAGUCCAGGAUUCGAAGAUACUAGUGGACCCGAAGUAGAUAUCGCUAAUGGAUUAGGUAUUGUUAAUGUAAUAAAAGGAUGUACAAGUGUUAAACCAGUUGUAGUAAUUAGUUAUAAAAGUAUUCGAGAUCAAAUUGAAGCUUUCUCUUAUAUAUUUACAAAAUUUCCUGAAAAAGAAAAGGAUACGAUUCAUGCAUUCAUCAAGGAGAUUCAUAGAAAAUUGAAAGACGAUGAAACAUCAGAUAAAAGCUUUAUGUUUUUAUUAGAAGAUAUUCUCCAGAAAACACGAAAAGGUGCACGAGUCUUAGAUCCGAUCAAUGAUAAACCUGAAACGAUCAAUUGA